UUUUUUUUUGCUUGAGGGUGUUUAUUGUAUAUAAAAAUGGACUUUCAUACUUUAUAGCUUUGAUUUUUCUUUUUCUUUUUUUUUUAAGUUACCUUAAGCAACCCCCAAAAAGAGGAAUAUAAAAGUAGACCCGCUUUUACAAAAUGAAGGAAUAUAAUAUAGUAACCAGGAAAUAUAAUAGUAUUGUUCUUCCAGCAUCAAUUGGUCACCCCACUCUUUCUGAUUUUUCAUUUCAGCAUUUCACUUGGCUUUUUUGUCAUUUCAGAAUUUCACUUGGCUUUUUUUUUAUUUCAGCUUUUCACUUGGCUUUUUUUCAGCAUUUCACUUGGCUUUUUUGUCAUUUCAGCUUUUCACUUGGCUUUUUUGUCAUUUCAGCUUUUCACUUGGCUUUUUUGUCAUUUCAGCUUUUCACUUGGCUUUUUUGUCAUUUCAGCUUUUCACUUUGACGUGUUUGGUUAUGUACAACAUAGAACAAGAUAUAGGCCUAAGUAUAAUAAUCACCCAAUAAGCAUC